AUGGACUACCCCCGAGGCCUCCCCGACAACCCGGCCCAAGCCCGGCGGGCCGUCGCGGCCGCGGCGCUCGCGAACCCGACCCCGCCGCCUCCGGUCCCGAGUCUGCGCGAUGUGCCGUCGUCAUCGACCCUCUCGGCGGGGCAGCCCCUCUCGCCGAGCCAGGUGCUGGCCAUCGCGAAGGAGGCGAUGCGCGUGGCCCACGAGAAUGAGGCCAAGGCGGCUGAGGCGAGCGGUGUUGUGGGAAGCACGCCGUUGACGCUGAAACCGGGGUUGACGGUGGAUUUGAGUAGGAAGAAGAUUCAGAAUUUGCCGGAGGAGGUGGUGGAUGUUAUUAAGGAUGAAUUGGAGCGACUUGCGCUGUCUCACAACUACCUGGAGACAUUCCCGACUCGAUUUUCCGAAUGCACCUCGUUGCGGUACCUGAACGUCAGGCAAAACAAGAUCAGGGAGUUUCCGCUUGCCUUGUGCGAUCUGAAAUCCCUCGAAAUCCUCGACCUCGGCCGAAACAAACUACAGGUGCUCCCCCCCGAGAUUGUCAAGUUAUCGUCCCUCAAGGUUUUCUCGAUACCGCAGAACAAAAUUACACAUCUGCCGCUAUGCAUGGCGGAUAUGCCGUCAUUGUCGGUGGUGAAACUGGAAGGAAACCCCCUCCAAUACCCGCCGCCGGAAAUAUUACAAGUGCAAGGAAGCGGCGGGGCCGGCGAUCGGUCUGGGAAAGAGAACGAAGAGGUGGCAGCGACGGCGGUGAUUAAGAAAUUCCUCAAGCAGGAAGCUAGCGGGCGGUCCGACUCGCCGGGGGAGAGCGGCACGGAAGGUACGGAGACGCCACGGCCCACGAUCAAGCGAGUCUUUAGUGGGCGAUUCCCGAUCAAGGUCAAUGGCAGUGAGAUUGCGGACCUCCGGUCCCCGGCUCCGCCUCGAGCACCCCCGAUCCCGACACGAUCGCACUACCGCGGGCUCUCGCAGCAGAAUACGACCCAGCGCCGGCCCGGGGCGAUGCCGCUGACGAUUGGCAACCCAAACGAACGGGUGCGCAGUAACUCGGAGACCAUCAUCCAGACAUCGAGCCGGGAGCGGUCCGAGAGCAGGUCGCGGCGGAUGGGCAUUGUCUCGAAGCGAUCAGAGCUCAGUACGCUGGAGGAAAUCGACGGCAGCAACCGGUUCAGCCACUACCGCGGGCUCAGCCACGGGUCGGCGAUGCAAGGCAACGGGCCGUCCGCGCUACAGGCGCAGGUGAACAGCCCUAACAACGGGGGCAGUCCGGCCGAACCCGCUCUCCAGCGGCCCGUGUACAUCCGGCGGCUGUCGGUGUUGCCAGAACGACGGCGAGAGUCCAAACUGUUCGACCCGGUACUGGAAGCCGCCAAGGGGAUUCUGUACUCUGUCUUCCAGAUCCACCCCAUGAUCAAGACGCUGGUCAACCUGACCAACGACGGCACAACGCGGCGGUCGAACCUCGAGAUUGUGGUGUACAACACCGAGGCACACGUGGUGCAGCUGGAAAUUGAGAUCCAGCGCCAUGAGCAGCAGCUGGGGGACGACGGCUCCUCAGGGCCCAAGGAGAACGAGCACGUUCAGCGGGCGUGUCUGACGCUGAUCAGCGCGUACACGCACGUGUGCUCGCUGCUGAUGAGCAACGUCGACCUGUUUCUAGACAACGGCGACCCGAGGUAUUUGCGGACCCUGUUGACGCAGCUCUAUAAUAGCAUCAUGGAGCUGCGUGUGACGUGUACGCAGGCCGCUCCCGAGGCCAUCCGUCAGCACCGGGCCGUCCCAUCCUUCUCUCGGCCGGAUCUAGUUGGCGAGACGAUCAAGCCGCGCUCACGAGAGAACUCGGUCACGCCGACGGCCGACCGAAUCGUGAACCGGUCUCGCAACGGCACGUUUGUGUACAACCCGAGUAACCUGCGGGUAGCCACGGACGUGUCGAUGCCAUACAUGAUCAACGCGUCCGGACGGCCGACCAUGACGGGUGCUGCGACGCCGCGGUCCGGCGAGUCCUUUGCCUCGGCUACCUCGGGCACCCGCAAUCUCUCGGCCGACUUCACCGAGGAGGACCGCAUGUUCGAGCGCAUCUUCCUCUCCCUACACAAGACCACCGAGCUGGUUAUGCAGGUCCUCCCAACCAUGAACACCCAGUUCAUGUCCUCAAUGCGCGCCACGGCCACUACCAUCACCAACCACAACACUGCGCAACAACAGCAAAACCAACCGCUACGUUCGCCUGAUGACCACCGCAUGCAAUGCUGGAAAGCGCUCGUCGCUAAGUGCAACACGUCAAUCCAGCAGACCGAAGGGCUCAAAGCGCGACUAUCAUCCAUCAAACUCAAGGAGCCCGGCAUCCGGACGCAGACUUCCUUCUGGCGCCUCUGCAACAGCUUCAUCGAUUCCUGGUACGUCCUAAUCAAAAAGAUCAUGCAACUACAAAGCGACGUCCAGCUGCCCGCCGACACCAAAGCCCGUCUCCGGCCCAUCCAAAAAAGCAUGAAGGACACCUGCGACCUGAUGAUGUCCUCACCAUGGGCGUAUCUCCUCCGCCAGGGCGGAGGAACAUUCUCAUCCUCCUCGUCAUCCUCUGAGCUUGUGGGCGCCGGCGGCGGGCUUAUCACCUCGCCGUACAUGAUGAACGCGGCUCAUCUCGCUACGCCGGUACAACAGUUACCCAUGACUCCACAAAGCGCCGCGUUGGGGCCGGCCGUGCAGGCGACGGUGCCGUCGACACCGCAGAGCGCGUCGUUUUCCCUGGCCUUUUCCGGAGUGUUUGAGCGGGACCGGGACCGCGACCGGGACCGAUCAGACACCAUGGCUUCCUCGCUGGGUGGCAGAGGAGGCAUAGGAGGAGGAUACAACAGCAACCUGCCCUCGCGCAGCGGCACCAUGAACUCCAGCUCCACAGCCAGUCUGACGGCGUCCAGCGCCAACUCGAUCAGCAGCCUGGGCUCGCAGGACGGGGCUGUGACGCCCAGUUCGGCGUUGAGUCCUGGUGCCGGGCCGUUGGGGCCGCUGCCGUUUCGGUUGAAUGGGGGGAGUGGGAAUAUGAAGGUUGUUGGGGGGUUUUAG